AUGCAAAAACUGAUGGAGCGCAUAGACGAUAUGAAGCAGAGAAUUGCUGCUUGGGGAAAGCGGAUUCGGCGAUAUACCGAGAGAUCGACACGGUUCAACCAGAAUCGUGUCUUCCAUAGUGAUCAGAAGAUGCUCUAUAAAUCAUUGGAGCGACCAAUGGUAAGUGGAACGGGCCCAGCACCGAAUCAGGCCGACACUGUCGCAUUCUGGCGCGGCCUGUGGUCAGAGCCCGUAAACCACAGCGAGGACCCCGGACGGAAGUUAUGGCGAGCCAGUGUGCGAGUAUUACGACGCCGGAUGACGUAG